CAUGGAGUUUCCACUACUACUCCUUCUUUUCUUCUCACUUUUCUUCAAUGCAACCAGCCACAUGCUUUUAUUGAAAAAUAAUACAUCUCCAUUUCCAUGUAACUUCCUUUUUGGAACCUCAUCUUCUUCUUAUCAGUUUGAGGGAGCUUUCUUGAGUGAUGGUAAGGGACUAAGCAACUGGGAUGUUUUCACUCACAAGCCAGGGACUAUAAUGGAUGGAAGUAACGGUGAUAUUGCUGUCGAUCAUUACCAUCGUUAUCAGGAAGAUGUGGACCUUAUGCAGUUCCUUGGAGCCAACACCUACCGUUUUUCUUUGUCAUGGGCCAGAAUACUACCAAAGGGAAAAUUUGGCAAGGUCAACAAGGCAGGCAUUGACUACUAUAACCGCCUAAUUGAUGCACUUCUCCACAGAGGGAUAGAGCCUUUUGUGACAAUAACACACUAUGACAUUCCUCAAGAACUUGAGGACAGAUAUAAAGGCUGGCUAAGUCCAAAAAUUCAGGAGGAUUUUAAGUAUUAUGCAGAUAUAUGCUUCAAGAACUUUGGAGACAGAGUGAAAUAUUGGGUUACCUUCAAUGAACCAAAUGUUGCAAUCGUUCGUGGCUAUAGAACUGGAUUGUGGCCUCCACAACGUUGUUCUGCUUCAUUUGGCAACUGCAGCCAUGGAGAUUCUGAGACUGAACCUUUCAUUGCUGCCUCUAACCUUAUCUUAUCUCAUGCAUCUGUUGUCACCCUCUAUAGAACCAAAUAUCAGAAAAAGCAAGGAGGGAGAAUUGGAAUUGUCAUGAAUGCAAUUUGGUUUGAACCGUUGAGUAACUCCAGGGAAGACAAGCUAGCUGCUGAGAGAGCUCAAUCAUUUUUCAUGAAUUGGUUUUUGGACCCAAUUAUACUUGGGAAUUAUCCAGAAGAAAUGCAUGAAAUUCUAGGACCUGACCUCCCUUCAUUUUCUAGAAAUGAUAAGCAAAAACUAAAGACAAGUGGAUUGGAUUUCAUUGGAGUCAAUCACUACACAAGUUACUAUGCAAAAGACUGCAUCUUCUCUGCUUGUGAACCAGGAAAAGGGUCUUCAAGGACAGAAGGUUUUGCUCUCAAUUCUCCACAAAUCAAUGGUUUCAGCAUUGGACAACCGACAGAACUUGACUGGUUGUAUGUUCACCCAGAAGGAAUGGAGAAGAUAGUGACAUACAUAAAGAAUAGAUACAACAACACACCAAUGUUCAUUACUGAAAAUGGACUUGGGACUUUAGAGAAACCCAACCCCACAAUUGAGGAUAUAAUCAAUGAUGUCAAAAGAGUGGAGUAUUUGAGCAGCUACUUGGAUUCCCUUGCUACAGCAAUCAGGAAAGGGGCAAAUGUGAGAGGGUAUUUUGUGUGGUCAUUGCUUGACAACUUUGAGUGGACCUAUGGAUACACUAUUAGGUUUGGACUUCAUCGUGUUGACUAUGCCAAUCUCAAUAGAACUCGAAGGUUCUCUGCUUUGUGGUAUAAACAAUUCAUUGCUCAACAUACUAAUAAGGCUUGUUUGUCAUCAUCAUGAUUUCCAAACUAGCUAAGAGAGCUCAAUAAUCAUGGAAUUCAAGCUGAUGUAGUUUAAUUAAUUAAUGAAAAUGAAAGUAUGAAGCAAGUUGUUUUUA